CGGAGAGAACACAACGUAAUAAAGUGGUACGGUGAUUCUAGGUAGUAUUCGUGCGUAAAAGCUUUUUUUCCCCGCCGGAUUACUCUUAUCUGACUGGAUAUGUGAAUGCACGGAUCAUUACAUUUUCUCCAAGGAAUACCUUAUUUUUUCCCCGCUCUACGAUGGAGGAAAGGAGACAAAGGCUUCGAGUGAGCUGCUGGUGGGUUGUCGUUAUUCUGCUGUCAUGGCUGACGGAGCAGAUUUCGGCUCAGCUUCGAUAUUCCGUUCAAGAAGAAACGCAUGUGGGAUCCUCUGUCGGAAAUGUUGCCAAGGAUUUAGGCCUGGACGUUACUACUUUGAAAGACAGGAUGUUCCGCGUCGUGCCGGGUCCGAAUCACGAUCUUUUUCAGCUAAAUCAGAACAAUGGAGUGCUGUACGUCGGGAAACCGAUGGACCGCGAAGAGCUUUACAACGGCGCCAGCGCUUGUUUAAUAAACCUCAAAAUAGUUGUUGAAAGCCCCCUGGAAAUACAUUACAUCACCGUAGAAAUAACAGAUGUGAACGAUCAUUCACCGACUUUUCCAGAGAGCGAGCAACAGCUGCAAACAGCCGAGAACGUUCCUCCCGGUACGCGCUUCCAAAUUCAUGCCGCCAGAGAUCCUGACGUCGGUGCGCACUCAGUACAAAUUUAUAAAUUAAACCUAAAUGACUUUUUUGAUAUCGAAAUUAGAGACAGUGAAGAUGACAAAGUACCGUUUUUAGUGGUGAAAAAGCCUCUGGAUAGAGAGCACAAGGCAGAACACCGUUUAGUGUUAAAAGCUCUCGAUGGGGGUCAUCCGGUUAAAUCAGGGAGUCUUAAUUUAACCGUAACUGUGGUGGAUGUAAAUGAUAAUUCUCCUGUGUUCAGCAAGGAUACAUACAUUACCUCACUGAAAGAAAAUGCACCGGUUGGAACUCCAGUUAUCACCGUAAAUGCAACAGAUUUAGACGAGGGCUUGAACAGUGAAAUCGAAUACACAUUUGGCAAAACACAAAACAAAAAAGUGCAAAACACAUUUGAAUUAGACAACAUCACCGGCCAGAUUAGAGUGAAAGGAAAUGUGGAUUUUGAGGACACGGAGAUUUACAGAUUAAAUUUACAAGCUUCAGACAAAGGCCAGCCGCCACGCACGACCGAGAGCAGAGUUGUGAUAAAAAUAAAAGAUGUAAAUGACAAUAAACCAAAUAUAGACGUGACAUCAUUAUUAAAAGUCGUCCUUGAAGAUUCUAAAUCUGGUACGGCAAUCUCUCUUAUCAGCAUUACUGACAGAGAUUCUGGUGUAAACGGAAAAGUGAUUUGUGCGAUUUCAGGUGAUGUUCCGUUUGAUUUGACUCCAUCUAUCGAAGAAAACAUGUAUUCUUUAGUGACAAAAUCAGGCUUAGACAGAGAAACUGUUGCAUAUUACGAUAUAACCAUAACAGCCACUGACUGCGGGGAGCCACCGCUUUCUGCUGUGAAAACCUUGAGGGUUGAGGUAUCCGAUGUGAAUGACAAUAGACCAGAUUUCAGCCACAGUCCUUUGGAAUUGUAUUUGAUAGAAAACAAUGCCCCUGGUGCGUCGAUAUUUUCUGUGAGUGCCUUUGAUAAAGACCAGAACGAAAACGCAGCGAUCUUCUAUCAUUUGAAAAGAGGAGAUGCGCUGCAGGGAGACAUGACCACCUUCUUAAAUAUAAACUCUGAUUCUGGAAACAUCGUAUCCUUGAGAAGUUUUGACUUUGAAACGCUGAAAAGUUUCCAGUUUCAAGUUGUGGCCACAGAUUGUGGAACUCCAUCACUGAGCAGCAACGUGACAGUGAACGUGUUCAUUCUGGAUCAGAACGACAACCCCCCAGUCAUCUUCUAUCCAGUCAGUGCUAACGGUUCUGCUGAAGGUGUGGAGGAGAUUCCCCGAAAUGUGAACGCAGGUCACUUGGUGACUAAAGUCAGAGCCUAUGAUGCUGAUAUAGGAUAUAACGGCUGGUUACUGUUUUCACUGCAGGAGCUUACUGACCACAGUCUGUUUGCUUUGGACCGCUAUACAGGACAGAUCAGAACACUUCGCUCAUUCACAGAGACAGACGAGGCUGAGCAUAAACUGGUCAUACUGGUCAAAGACAAUGGGAACGUUUCACUCUCAGCAACAGCUACUGUGACUGUCAAACUGAAGAGGACAAUAAUGUGA